AUGCUGCGGACACUCGCACGCACUCACACACAACGCUCACUCGCACGCUGCUCGUCGUCGUCCGCACCGCGCACCGCACCCGUCCUCGCUCACCAACCCCCGCAUGCUGCCGACCCGCUUCCCUCGCCCUCUCACGCGCCCGACCAAGCACAACUGAAGCCACAGCCAUUCAUCCUGCGACCACUGUCCCGAAGGUACCAGCUCGAGACGGUGUCGACCACCGCUCACGCUCCUUCGACAUGCACAACCCUGCACUUCGUCUCGCCCCACGCGCCCUCUCAGCCUCGCACAGUCUCCCUCCCGAACCUCUUCCUCCGAGACGCCAGCAUCCACCCGGACCACGUCCACCCCUCGUCGCAGCAAAAGCUCUUCCGCACGACCGACGUCCCGCUCGAGGGGAAACUCGUCGGAUACGGCGUACACGAUGUCCCAGGCCACGGCGAGUGUCUCGUCACGGAGUGGAGUACCCCUGUGCGCGGCGUGAGCGCCAAGAGCGCGAAGCUGAGCGUUGUGCCGAUCGAGCUCCUUGCGGGAAUCAUGAAAGGUGAUGCGGAACACUCGGAGCGGGAUGGCGAGGUACCCGCUGCGCGACCGUGGGACAAGCAGCAGCUCGAGAAGACGAUCCAGUGGACCGACUACGAGGCGUUCAAGAAGGACGACCAGGCGCUCCUCCAGACGCUCGACUCGCUCAUCCGCGACGGGAUCGUCUUCCUCCGCAACGUCCCGACAGAUGCGAAGGAGGGGCACCAUACUGAGCUGCGCAACCUUGUCGAGCGGAUUGGGAGUUUGAGAAGGACGUGGUACGGCGACUUGUGGGACGUCAAGGCUGUCGAGGGAAGCCUCAACAUCGCCUACACGAACCUCGACCUCGGCCUGCACAUGGACCUCACCCACUUCGACAAUCCCCCUCGCUACCAAUUCCUCCACUCCCUUCAGAACACGCACAUCCGCGGCGGCCUCUCCUACUUUGUCGACACCUACGCGCUCGCUUCUCACCUCUCCACCCACUCGCCCUCCUCCUUCCAAACCCUCUGCGCCGAACCAGUCCGAUUCGAAUACAAGAACGGUCCGCACCAUACAAAGUUUGUCCGACCGACGUUCGAGUUGAGGCAGGGCUCGACGCAUGCGUUGCAUGCGGUCAACUAUUCGCCGCCGUUCCAAGGGCCUCUGCCGCUCGAGCGCCUCGCGAACACGAAAGACGGAUCGGGACGCGAAUCAGACGACGCAGACCGACUGGCCGACUUGCAUUCCGCGCUGUCGGAGUUUGCGAGCUUGUGCGACGAUGCAGGAGGGAAGUGGAGGUUUGAACACCAGCUUGAGCCGGGCGAGUGUGUCGUGUUUGAUAACAGGCGGGUGUUGCAUGCUCGGACGGCGUUCGAGUUCCUUGAGGGCAAGGAAGGGGGAGAGGGAGGGAGGUGGUUGAAGGGCGCGUAUAUGGACGGGGACGAGGUGCUCAGUAAGUGGAGGGUGUUGAAGGCGAAGCAGCACGAGGAUGUCGCGAAGAAGGGGAGGACGUUGUUCACCUGA